AUGGCGAAGCCAAUCAGUGGACUGGUGCAGCUAUGGCAGAACACGUUCCCAUCUGUAGACACGCCAGCCCAGUUCGUUUGCAUCCCCGACGAGCCGCAGAACCCCGACGAGGACGAGGAUGUCAGCGAGGAAGCACUCAAGUCGAAUGCCGCCCUCCUUGAAGUGACUGUCAAGUUUUACGAGCAGCAGGGCUUGGGUCAAUGGCCGGUGGAAGACAUCGAAGCAGCCUUGAAGCUCCGCUACCCUGCAUAUGCUGCCACUGGGGACCUGCACACAGUGGCAAUCCUGGUUCGUGGUUGCAUUCAAAGCCUUGUGCGGCUCACCAAAAAAAGCAGCAAAUCCCGCAAACCCUGGCUUCAAAAGCUCAAGGACGCCUGUGGCCCCUCCCUGCUGAAGGUGAAAAAGCGGAAGAGUAGUAACGGGCUGGCGAACCCAGACGAGAUGGAGACGCAGGUCGACGGUGCAGGACGCAGAAUUCCGCGAAUCCAAGCACCAAAUUUUCUGCCGGAUGUGAUUGCUUGCCUCGAAGCCCAUGAUCGCUACCCCUUCGACCACUCCUUGCAGUAUAAGAUACCAUUCAGAAAGCUUCAUGGUGAACUCAAGAAAGGAAUUCCUGCUGCUGAGCUGCUUCAAGCACAGGCUGCUGCUGCUGCCGACGCUCAGGAUGAUGAUAUCCCCGAGGCCGUUCUGUUUUUUCCGGCACAGUUCCCUGGGCUUGCCGAUGAAGGAGACCACGGGGAAGCCGAGGACGAGGCCAGGGUUGAUCCUGCUGCCCAUGCACCGACCUCCUGCCUGUAA